GUUUGGCGCCAUUCUUGGGACUCCCACAAAUAAUAGUCUUAAAUAAAAUCAAACUAAACUUCAAUUUUCUAUCUAUUAAACAAUUUAUUUAAGCUAUGAAUAAGCCAUUCUAGAUUUCUUAAACUUCUGUCUUGGCAAUAUCCAAAAAGGACUGAUAAUGUGACCGUAUAGCUAAGAAGCAGCUGAUUUUAUUUCGCAAAAACCCAAGCCGGUAAAACUGCGUAUUUGUAUCUAAUUUCGUACAAUCUAGGAAACUUAAUUUCGGCAAAUAUGGACGAAAGUUCUGCUGUCAAGGCUGACGAUAGCCUGAUUCUGGAACCUGACGUCAUGGACGUCUCAAUGGAGGUGGAAAUCGAUGACUUUGAGAAGCCAGACAUCACAGACUUGCUGCUCAAAAAUCCAGGCAUCACAGAAGCUGUGCUUAAUGAAACAACAAAUAGUCCCAAGCCAGAGAUCCCUAAGACGGAUAGUACAAAAACAGAGCUCUCUAGACCGGCGGAGAAGGCGCCAUCCCGUUCAGAUUCCGAUGUAGAAAUGAUUUCCGCCAAAUCAGACGCAAAGUCGGAUGCAAACCACCACAGCAGUGCGGGAAAGGAGGCCGCUUCUAGAAAAGGCCGAAGGACUAAGGAACGCCCCACCACUCAGGAGCAGCCGCCUCAGAAGCUCAACUGGAAGUUGAACUUGCGCAUCCUGAUAUCCAAUCUGUACAUGAAAAGCGAGGAGCGUCUGCCAGGAGCAUGUGUCCCGAAGUGUCUUCACAAUUCGCCUCAGUGCGUGGAUAAGCACCGCUGUUCCAUGCUCCCAGAUGCCCCUAACUUUAUAGCCGUGCAGGCCCUACGGACUACGCUACAUGGGCAGCACUAUGACACCUUCCUGGACAUCCUCGAGACAAUGGUGUUGCAGUGCGUCUAUCCCGGCGAAGGCGUAUUCGAUAGACUCAUAGAUAUGACAAUGAUCCUUAUUGCAAAGGACAUCAGCGUCAAAGAGUUGGGAGAAACCUACAAUAAGCUGAUCCGAACGUUCUACCUUCUGGUCGACGCCUUCCCACCGUGCUGGACAGCCCUACGUCCGUAUUAUCUCAAUUUCCUGGGAGUCAAAAAUCCUGCUUCGCGGGAAAAGCGAUCCAACGCAGAGUCUCCACAGAAAUUGCAGUUCUACUUAGACCUCCUUGAGGAGAACCUGAGCCAGUGCAGCGAAGAAGAAAUCCGCGAAAACACCAAGUACUACGAACGUUUCGUUUUCAACUUUUCCGAAGAAGAAGAUGCCAAUAUGUCGCAGGAAACUGUGUUCCUGAGGCAUGUCCAGGAGUACGACUGGUUGAGUGGCAAGCUCUGUCUGGAUGAUUUUAAGAAAAUGUCGCCAUCGGUGCGGCUGGCCCGCCUGUGCGACGUGCUUAACAUGCUGACGUGGGUGCUGGAAUACGAGUUCCUGACAUGGCUGGAGCACAACCGACUGCGGCAGUCCGAGUCUGAGAUGUUUCAGGAGGACACCAGGCCCUUCGUUUCAAUUGUCUUCCAAAUGACUGUCAGCACGCGGCUCACGGACAUCGUAAAGCAGGUUAUGAAGUUGUACGGCAUAGCUGCAGCCAAACGCAUGUACCCGGAACGUCUCAGAAUUCUACAACGCCUCAUUUCCCUCGUAGUGGAAGUCAGCAACACAGCCGAAUUAAAGUACGUUGACAACGCUGUGAUCUAUCCCAAUCUGGGACCGCAGACUCGAUUGUUGAUCUGCGACUUCUUUAAAAUAUUCAAGUCGCAAAACCCAAAGCACAUAAGCACAUACCUCAAAAUCAUUCCUCAGCUGGAUCACGCAUACCUUCGCUUUGAGUUCACGGAUCACUUCCUGCAACUGUUUUACUUCCCGAAAAAGCUUCAGUUCUGUCCGGAAAAGGUGUGUAAUGAGUUCACGGGCCGUAGUUGGCUGAAGUAUAAGCCAAAGAGCGAGAUUGAGGAGGAGGAACUGGAUGAACUGUUGUCUCGCGAGGAUUACCUGAAGAUUCUCCUGAACGCCCUCAAGGACUACGACAAGUGGCUGAAUCUGGCUGGGUUCUGGAAGUGUCUGAAGACCAAGGAACAGAUAAUGCCACUCCAGACCAGGACCUCCAGUCCAUUGGCCAUUCCCGUGGGCAUGAUAGCCGGGGACCAGGGCAAAGUCUUCAUGCUGGAUGAGAUGGAGAAGGAGGUGCACACGUGGAAGAAGCGCAUGAACACCAAGGUGAUCUUGGGCAGGCCCGAAGUGAACCUGCCAGUGGCCAGGAUCAAUGUGUCCAAGAUGUGUCUUCGUUAUGGCGAAGAUGUGCGUCACUUGCGACUUUUGCGACGCAUCCUGAAGAAUGAUAUCCAAAAGGAGCUGGAAGUGAGUGAGUGGCUGGACUAUCUGAACGGUGUCUUGGGCGAUGAUGACCCCAUUUCGCAGCCGGAAUCCGCGGCGGAAAGCGACUCUUCCUCCUAAGUUUGUAGGUCCUAAGAUCAUAAGUAUUUAUAACCAACCGAAAGUUCAAACUUUUCUUUAGUUAGACGUAGGACACUCCAGUAAGAACGAGUUUAAAAUUUGCCAUUUGUCAUUCUUUUCGUUUCUGUAUUUCUCCGUUGCAAAUAUAUAUUUAUGCUGUAACUAAAUACACAGUUUACGUACACAUUUACAUAUAAAUACAGCUACUACGCUUGUACAUACACUAAUAAAUAUAAAUAUAUAUUUAUAUAUACUCGUACGUGUAUAAUUAUACAA